GGUCGCGGUCUCGUCUGGCGACACAACGCCCGAGUUUAGCGAUGGGACGCGACUGGUGCCUGUUGCCCGCGGCGGAGUGGGAUGGUCAAUCUUUGAGCUGGCGCCGGCAACUGCGCCCCACGCCGAUGUCUAUGUGACAGCCGUCAGUGUGAGCGUUGACGUUGGCUCACGGGGGUGCUCGCAGUGAGUCCGGUGAGCGCGUCGCUCACCUCGGGCGCCUUGGCUGCCAGCGGCGGAGAGAUCAACGUGACGUUUGUGGCAGAGUCCGGUACCGACUCGAGUGCGUUUGGCGACGUGAGCGUGAGCUACACUGAUGUCAGCAGCUCGCACAACGGGCUGUUUGUCUUCCGAGUCUCUGCCAGCGGGCUGUCGUGCGUGGCUCCGGCCACUUUGGACUCAUGCGGGGUGUGCUCGGGGCCGGGCACCGGGCAUGUGGCCGACUCGGACAAGGACGCAUGCGGCGAGUGCUUUGGUGGCGGCGGGGCGCUGGAUGAGUGCCUCGUGUGCUACGGCGGAAACAGCGGGAUGGACGACUGUGGAGUGUGCGGCGGGAACAACGCGAGCUGCGCUGGGUGCGAUGGCGUGCCCAACUCUGGCGGGACCCUGGAUGUGUGCGGAGUGUGCGGCGGCGACGGCAGCUCGUGCCUGGGAUGCGAUGGUGUACCGAUUCCUCUGGGCGGACAGCACUUUGAUGCGUGCGGAGUGUGUGGCGGAGCGUCGCUGGGCGCAUGCCUUCAGUCGUGCAACGCAACUGCACCGGAGCCGGUCUACUUUGACUGUGCAGGCGUGUGCAACGGGAGUGCGGCGCUCGAUGAGUGCGGGUGUGCACCGGCGGGACGACUGGCCUCACGCCAGGCAUGUUUGACGAUGUGUGCGGUAGUUGCUUUGGCCCGUGCGGCGGGUGCGGCGGAUCGGCGGCCAAUGUCACCGACUCGUGCGGGGUGUGCGGUGGCGACAACACCACAUGCAGCGGAUGCGACGGCCGCGGCGCCGUGUAUGAUGCGUGCGGGGUGUGCGGCGGCAAUACGAGCACGUGCGCAGUGUUUUGCGACGGCGUCGGCGCGUACUUUGACUGCGCUGGGGUGUGCGGCGGCAGCGCUGUCGUCGAUAGCUGCAAUGUUUGCUCGGGCUCGGCCGGCCUCGUCCCGACUGACUUUCACAAGGAUAGCUGCAAGGUAUGCUUUGGCGGCAAUGCUGCGCUGGACGAGUGCGGCGAGUGCUUUGGCAACAAUGCGGCCCUCGACUCUUGCGGGAUUUGCGGUGGUGGCGACGUCGCACGCGAUUCGUGCGGACUCUGCUUUGGCACCAACCGGUUCGUGGAUGUGUGUGGAGUGUGCUUUGGCAACGCCACGUCGUGCAUCGGGUGCGACUUUGUGGCGUUUUCGGGCGCGCAGGACGACGCGUGUGGCGUUUGCGCCGGUACGAACGCAUGUUUGGCCACCCGCUCGUCGACGUCGACGCAGUACAUGCUGUGGCUUGCGGGCGCCACGGCUGGUAUGCUUAUCUGCGGUGGCCUUGUAUUUGUCGUUCUCUACUACUUGCGGGCGAAGGAAGCCAAGAUCAAGUAUGUGGAGGGCGUUAUUGAGGCUGCAGCCGUUGACGCGCCGAGCGGCAAGAUCACGCUCAUGUUUACCGAUGUUGAGUCGUCGACGACGCUGUGGGAAGACCACCCCGAAGCCAUGAAGAAGGCCAUGGAGAUGCACAACGCGGUCUUCCACGACCUCAUUGAUCUGACCGGCGGCUACGAGGUGCGGACUGAGGGCGAUGCAUUCAUUAUUGCAUACAAGCAUGCAGGCGAUGCGGUGGCGUGCGCGUUGCAGCUGCAGAGCGCGUUGAUGGAGGCGCCGUGGCCAGACGAGCUACUGAAGAAUGCGGCAACGGCAGAGGUGCCGAUCGGCGCGGCCGACGGCAGCUGCGGACAACCAUCCGAGACACAACACGAGCUGCGGCGGCCGACGGCUGCGAUGGCGCGGUCCAAGCGUGGAAAGCGGGCUCGAGGAGCUGGCUCCGAGGCCACAGCUGGCGCAGAGGCCGAGGAGCAGCAGGACCAAGUGGUUGAUGGCUUGUCGGCGCCAUCGUCGCCGUCGUCCUCAUGGUCUUCAUCGUCAAUUGUCGACUCGGCCAUGGCCUCACACGCGAUGCUGUUUGCCUUUAAGCCGUCACCGUGGCUCUUCCGCGGGCUUCGGGUUCGUGUCGGGCUACACACCUGCAAGCCGGAGCGGGUGUUCGAUGAGCGGACGCAGCGGUUCAACUAUAUCGGCCCGCACAUGAUCCAAGCGCAGGCGAUCGGCGACGCCGGGCAUGGCGGGCAGACAGUGGUCUCACACACGACCGUCGCGGCGCUCCGCAACCGGUUGUUUGAGGGUGCAGAGCUUGUCCGGCUGGGCACCUAUGCGUUUGAUGCCUGUUCCGGCGAGUUUGACCUCUACUCGCUUCAUGCCAAGCUCCUUGCUGGGCGUCAGUUCCCCACACUCCGAGCCAAGGCGCUGCGGGUCAGCGGUGAGCCGGUCGAGGUGCGGAGCAGGACGACGAGUGUGGAGAGCUCGGUCUCGGCGGUCGAUCCGAAGAAGGCUGAGGCGGCGGCCAAGGCUCUGCUCGGCGAGACGAAGGGGAAGAGUCAGGGAGCUAAGCGGCCUGCGACACCGACGGUGGUGCCGCCAUCGCCGCUGCCGCCGGCAGCCGGCACAACACUUUCGGCACGGCGGCGCAAGCGGCGAAACCGGGUGGCGCCAGCCGGACAACAAGCCAGCAUGCGGCGGGUUUCGUCGCUGUCGGUGGUGGUCGCGCCGGGCGGCCCGUCGCGGUCACGGUCGCGAUCGCCGUCGGGCUCGGCCUCGGGCUCGAUGUCGCGGACAUUGUCGCGGAGCCACUCGCGGACGGCGUCGCAGAGCACGACGACCGGUCGGCCCGGGGUGCGGCUGCAGAUUCUGACCGAUUUUUCCGGCGGGCAGGUCUCGCCGAGCUCGCGGUCGCCGACGACGCCGUCGAUGCUCAAGACGCCUUCGACACCUAUCUUUGUGCGGCGGCGAUCGGAGGAGCGAUUGGAAGCCGGACGACAGAGCCUCGGCUCCGACGCUGCGUUCCGACGGCGUUCGGUUGGCCGGACGGGUGCUGUGGUGAAGUCAGGCGAAGCCAUGCAGAGCACAUCGUCGCUGUCGACGCGGCGGACGAGCGGGCAGUUGCGUCUCGCAACGUCGAUGGAACACUUGCCGGUAAAGCAAUGACGAGGGCGA